AUGUCUGCCCGGGGGUCAGCAGUGCAGCUCCCCAAGGGCUACGAACCGGAACCCCUGGCCAAAUAUGGCACCCUGGAUGUGGUGUUCGACUACGACUCCCAGGACCAGCGGCUGGCGGUGACGGUCAUGGCCGUAACGGACAUCCCGGCCCUCAAGCGUACAGGUAACGUCGCCUGGCAGGUACAUCUGGUGCUGCUGCCCACGAAAAAGCAGAGGGCGAAGACGGGCAUCCAGAAAGGGCCCUGCCCGGUCUUCACGGAGACCUUCCGCUUCAGUCACGUGGAGUCAGAGAUGAUCAGCAACUACUCCAUUCGAUUCCGUCUCUACAGCGUGCGGCGGAUGAAGAAAGAGAAGGUGCUUGGAGAGAAGGUGUUCUACCUCACCAAGCUCAACCUGCAGGGCAAGAUGUCAGUGCCGGUCAUACUGGACCCCUGCUGUGCCUUCCCGGUGAGUAGAUCAAAGGAAAAGCUAGGCUGCAAGCAUUUACUGUACACAAACAGGGUGUUUGUACUGUUCCUGGGCAUUGUCAUGUACUUAAUAAGACUACUGUGAUGCUUUGUAUAAUGCUGGUUCUCCUGCCCAUAAGUUUGGAUUGUAUUUAGUUAAUAGAGAAAUGGAUUAACUGGGAUAGUCAGCCCUUUGUAAAGGGUGAGGAACAUAGUCCAAAACAGCAAAACACAGAAAAACCCAUACAAACCUUAACAACUGUCCAAUGCUGUCUCAAUAGUUCGUCAGAGCAGGUCUGCCAGUUAUUACGGUAUCUCUGCAUUUUUAUCAUAAGAAUGUAUAUUCCUUACUUCAAAUUUCACUGACAUUGAAUCCUGGGCCUGUAUUCAUAAAGAUCUAGGAUCAAGUCACCCUCUGUCCAUUGUAUUAAUUAUUACAAAUUCAGGAAAAACUGAUCCUAUAUCAGCACUCCUACUCUGAGAUGUGGGCCCUGAAAAUUCACUGACCUUCUUGUUGGUCCAUCUGUCUGUCCACCCGUGUGUUAGCAGGGCGGUGAAUCCCAGGCUAGUAUAUCGGAGAUGUCCUGCAGUGAAAGUGCCUCUUCAUUCCAGUCAGCCAGCCAUGGCUCCACACCAGAGAUCUUGGUAGGGCUCGUCUACAAUGCCACCACGGGCCGUCUCUCAGUGGAGAUCAUCAAAGGCAGUCACUUCAAAAACCUGGCUGCCAACAAGCCACCCAGUAAGUACACUAAGACAUUCUUCUGGUUGCUUGUCAACACUUUGUCAAUAAUAGUCAGUGUCACCUGA